GCCGAGCACAAUUGUUCUUAUAUGUGGAAAAGUGAUUGGUUUGAUUGAGGAUGACAACACAAUAUUUUGGCGGGAUUGAAGCAGGAGGGACAAGUUCUACAGUUGUGAUAUUAAAACUGGAUGGUACAUUGGUAUCAAAACACCCUGGUCCUGGUAUGAACUACUAUAUUGAAGGGCACGCGAAAAGCAUAGCUAUUCUACACAACUUGGUGGUAGAUGCCAAGCGUAGGGCGGGCAUUGAAUCAAAAACUGCAUUGUUAUCUUUGGGCAUGGCGCUAUGUGGUGUAUGGAACUGGCAAGAAGAUGUAAAGGCGAGAAUAGUGAAAGGUCUACUUGAGUUACAUCCAGAAGAUACAUCCUCUGCCUUUGUUUGUACUGAUACAAUUGGUCCAAUUGCUACAGCAUUUCCUCGUGGAGGAGUUGUGUUAGUGGCAGGUACUGGGUCUAACUGUAAUAUUGUAAAUCCCGAUGGAACAUACGCCACGUGUGGGGGUCUUGGCCAUUUGCUCGGAGACGAGGGUAGUGCUUACUGGAUUGUUCAUGAAGUAGUCAAGGCAGUGGCCAAUUGGGAAGAGAACUUCAUACCUGGAACAGAAGAGUACGAAACGGAAAAGAAACAAUGUGAUAUAAGUGCUGUUCGUCCUCUUGUGAGGAAACACUUUUGUCAGAAUAUUGAUAAUGACAGUGUCAGAAUGCGCAAUGAUGUUUUGAUGUUGGACCACUGUUACCCAAACUUCAAUAAAGCAUAUUUUGCCAGUCUUUGUGAAGCAUGUGCGAACUUGGCUUUGAACGAUGACAAAUUGUGUCAAUUGGUUUUCAAAGAAGCCGGACGCCAUCUUGCCCUCCAUGUUCUGGCAGUCUUACCAAAAGUAGACAAGGGUUUGCUGUCACAGAAUGGAGGGCUGCACAUCGUGUGUGUAGGUUCCGUAUGGAAAAGCUGGCAGCUGCUCAAGGAUGGAUUUCUCGAAGGAAUACAAUCCCGAGAAGACGUAAAACUCCCAGAGUUUACCCUGGUCAAGUUGAAUGUGUCUGGAGCCAUUGGGGCAGCUGCAUUGGGAGCUAACAAGCUGAAUGUUACCAUUCCACUGAAUUUUGCUGACAACACAACUGAAUUCUUCCAUUUUUCAAAACAUGAACUCACCGCGAUAUGAAGUUUUGAGAAAUAUUGAAAUUAGUCUUAGUAUCAUAACCAUAAAUGUCAAAAACAGGACAUGUAUGAAAUACAAAUUUGAAG